UCUUCAUAUUGUAUACAUUUAUUUUAUAAUAUUUUCUAUUAUAUGUUGGCACUCUAUUUGCCCAUAAUCUUCCCUUUUAUUGCGUCUUAUCAUACUCGUUCAGCACUGAAAGAAACCGAACGUGGGGUUUCGAAAAAAUCCAUCAUGAGCGAUAAGCCGGAGCCUUCCUCCGGCGCCAUGCAGCCGCAGCAGAAUAAGAAACGAGGCAUCUUGCCGCCAGAGAUUAUAGAUCUCAUGGUGGCUCCAGUCAAAGUUGGCACUUGGACCGGUGCUGCCGGAGUACUAGCCGGCGUUGCUGGUGCUAUUGCUCGGGACACUAGCCCUGUGGCCAGCGGUGCUGUAACUGGGUUUCAAUGGUUUGCCCUGGGAGGUAGCUUCUGGUUCACUAGAUCUGUAGCCGUCAGGGCAAUGGGAGGCGACGAGCAGGUGAGGCCAGUCGAUAAGACAAUAGCGAGCACCAUAGGCGGCUCAGCUGCCGGAGCAGUGGCCGGACUGAUCCGGGGCCCAGGCAAGAUUGUGCCCGCCAUGGCAAUGUGGGGAGUGUUGGGAGCAGGCGGACAGAUUGUUGCCAAUGGCUUGAGCAACAGAAAACCAAAAGUCAAGGACGAAAAUGACAGCUGGUUUCGGUCAAAAUGGAGCCCAUUGAAGAAACUCACAGACCAGGAGUACAUCGACAUGAUGGAAGAGAAAAUUCUGAGAGUCGACGUGGACAUUGCCCUCAUUGACGACCGGAUCGCCGAAUUAAAGGCUAUCGAUCAGAAAGAUAAGGACGAGAAGAGGGUGUAAUUAUUCCAAGGUUUUCUUUAUUUUGUUGUCAUGGUUGGUAUGGUUGAUAUCCCUUUUUUUCAUGUAUAUUAUUACUGCAACGACUUAUUUGGAUCGGCAUCCACGCAGCAUAUGAUUGUACGAUUAUCUACUAUUAAACGAAAUGCUUUCUUU